GCGGGGCCCGCGUCUCCCGCCCGCGCCGGCCUGAAACUUCUGGCCAGGCUGCGGGGCCCGGCAGCCGCGGGGGCCGCGCCGCCUUUUGCCGCCGUCCAUCUCGAGGGCUCACCUGCCGAGUCCGGCGCCCCCGACGGCAGCGGGAGGCCUGUUUGUCACCGGGCCGCUUCGCCUCGAGCGAAGGGGCUGCCGUGAAGACACCGCGUUGGCCGCCGGUGUGCCCGGGCCGCGGCAGCCCCGCUGGGCUGAGGAGGUGGCGGCUGUGGCGGCAGGGGCACAGCGGGCACCGCUGAGGUGUCAGCCCCGCCGCUGUGCCCCCGCCAGCGGUGGCAGAGCAGCUCCCGCCUCUGGGCGCCCGGCAGGCUGAGCGGGGUGUCCGGGCCACCGGCAGCCCCCCCGGGAGUACCGGGGGGCAUCUGCACUCCCACCCGGAGAGGACGUAUUGGGGUGCGAGUUACCACAGCUCGCAUGCCGAUCAACAGUUCUAAAGUGCGGCAACUAGUGCGAUUUUCGACUGUGUAAUGAAAAAACUUCAAAAAAUCAGUCAUUAGGUGAAAGUAACCUCUGGCCUAGCAGCAGCCAAACCCCGGUGCCGGGGCGCCCGGGCAGCCUUCUGCUGGCCUCGCCGCCCUCCUGCGGCUGUCCCGCCGGUGGCCCGGCUUGCCUUGCAGUUCCGUGCGGGAACACCGGGCAGGCGGUGCGGGAUGUCUCCCUCCGGGAUUACAGGAAGGAAAACAGAAUAAAAUUAAACUGAUAAACAUGAAGAAAUUAAAGCUUAAAGAACUGGAAAGCUGCCUUCAGCAAGUUGAUACUUUUGAAAGUCCAAAAAUACUCCUUGAACAGUAUCCAACAAGACCUCAUAUCGCAGCAUGUAUGCUUUAUACAAUUCACAGUACUUUUGAUGAUAUUGAAAACAAAACGAUUGCAGAUUUAGGAUGUGGCUGUGGAAUGCUCAGCAUUGGAAGUGCAAUGUUAGGAGCAGGAUUGUGUGUGGGGUUUGACAUAGAUGCAGCUGCACUGGAAAUAUUUAAUAGUAAUAUUGAAGACUUUGAGCUCACUAACAUCAACAUGGUUCAGUGUGACGUCUGUUCUUUAUCUGACAGCAUGUCAGACACUUUUGACACAGUUAUUAUGAACCCUCCGUUUGGUACCAAGCAUAAUAAAGGAAUGGAUAUGAUUUUUCUGAAAACUGCUUUACAAAUGGCAAAAACAGCUGUAUAUUCCCUUCACAAAACUUCCACAAGGCAGCACAUUCAAAAGAAAGCGGAUGAAUGGGAAGUGAAGAUGGAAGUCAUAGCAGAACUUCGAUACGAUCUACCAGCAUCAUACAAGUUCCAUAAGAAGAAGUCAGUUGACAUUGAAGUGGAUUUCAUUAGAUUUUCUGCCAAGAAACUCCUGAACUGAGGCAUGUAUUUAAAGCCUAUUGAAAAUGAAACAAUAAAACCAUUUUUUUUAAUAUCA